CAAGCUGGAGCUGCGGAGCUGCGACUUAUCGAUAAGCCACGUGAUGAUAACAUCGCCCACGUUGGAUCGCCCAUUGCCUGCUUGCGACUUGCAAUACCUCUUGGAUGUGAACUGCAGACGCUGCAGAGCGAUGCCAUGCCAGAAAGCGAUUCUGGAUCGGUGGUCCCCGCGCAGCUUUCCUUCCUUGCGAUCUACAACCCGACCCUCGGGCCCACCGACGAGACCUUAGAGGAUCAGAUCGUGUUUUACACUUCGAGGUCGAAUCGCCUGCAGGAUGUCGAUGAAUCAACUACCGAAGAGGAAGUGGGAAAAACUGUGGGCCAUGAAAAGAACGAGAGAUUGCGCCAAAUAGGUCUGGCGCAGGGCAUGGUGAGCUUCGCCAGCAAUUUCUCGGCAGGGAAAGCACUGGAGUAUGUCGAGACCGAUCAAACGCGAGUUGUGCUCAUUGAGUUGGAGAAGGAUUGGUGGAUAGUUGCUUCCGUGGACUUGACUCGGCUGCCCGCUGAUCCAGCCCAUGGCUCCUUAUCGGAUCCCACUGAGUCCCCUGUUUUUCAAUAUUCGUCGAGGGAAAUGAGCCCUCCGCAGCUCUUGAUCCAGCAACUACGCCGCGCACAUACGAUAUUCCUUCUCCACCAUGACUUCUCCUUGGGUGAUCUAUACAGCCGUGUGGGCAGGUCUUCGUUUUGUCUUCUUCUCGACCGCUUUUGGGACAAGUUUGCAUGGAAGUGGGAACUGCUUUUGUCCGGAAACCCCAUCGUGGAUAUCUAUAACGGUAUCAAACUCUCUGCUGGAGGAGAAUUGGGCGUCGGAGUGGGAGAGGAGGAAUGGGGAAGCGGCGAAAGAGAAGUACUGGAAGACUUUGUGACGAGAAUAGAUGGAUUGGUGGACUUGGUCGUCUCGAGGUUCGGCGAUUCGUCCGAGAGCCCCUUGUUGACAACCGAGUCAAAUCAUAGUCGAUGGCUUGGGUUGGAUGAUGAUCCUCGGCCCGCUGACGGCGUCAUUUUCUCCGGUGUUGGGGCCAUCUCCGGACCCUCUCUGGCACACAUCUCGCAGUGGAUGGAGUGGGUAUUCCGACAUGGGGAUGCGGCAUAUGGUGUUGGGCGGGACCCAACCUCGCUGCGUCGUCGAAGACCACGGAAGCCACGAGGAAAGCAGUCAUCUGGUGGUCAAAAUAUCACAGAUGACCAGGGAGGACCUCACCCCUCUACCCCAGAUCGAAGCUUUACACCAGGAAUCCCUCGUCCGCUAGUGACAGCGGCACCCCAGCCAAUCCAGGCAGUCGAGGAGAAUCCCUCCGAUGACAAAAACCAAAGCUCGUCUCUUUCCAGUGACCAAAGAAGCGAGAGGUCAGGGUUUGGAACAGACACAGUUAUGAAGUACCUAACUCUGGGAUAUGGCUCGUGGAAUUUCUCGGCCAAGUCAACGUCCUCGCCCUCAGGGAGCCCUCCCACGGCCGGAGUUUCAUCAAAACAGAAUGACAGUUCUGCCAAUGGAGAGCAGUCCUCGCGAACCAAAUCUUCUCAAACAAAUGAGCAUCACAACGAAGCGAAGUCCAAUGCCCAGGGUCGUUUCGUACUCGGACCUCGAGACGAUCUGGAGACCUUGGAUGAUUUGGAAGAAGGCAGUCCAGCGUCCGAGUUGGAUCCUCCCAAACCCAAAAGUCGGAUAAUGCGCAGAAUUUUACAUGUCCGGCUGGCAGAUGCUGCCGAUGGACAUCGGAAACAGCUGCAAGCAGUGGUCUAUGUGCACCAACCAUUCAUGUUUACCUUCUUGUUCGACACCGAGAUGCCGUCUCUCUCCUCUCCGUCGCUCUACUCAAGCAUCCACCAUCAACUGGGCCCACUCCAGAAACCACUCCUCGCAUCAACCUCGCCCACCACAGCCGCUUCCCGCAUCUCCCCACGCACACAACCCAUCUACGACCUGGUCUAUGACCCAUACAAUCUAACCAUCCGCUCCUCUAUCCCCAAUAUCCCCAGUGUUGGCCCCUCGACACACCCUCCCCAGCCUAGCCGCUCACCAGCCCGCUCCUCCUUUACAUCCCCCACUCCCGCAACACCCACCGCACCACCCUGGUCCCGCGUCGAGAGCCUCGCUGUCCACCACCGCCUCUUAUCCACGUACACCGAUACCCGGCCGCGCCCGCAGGAACUCGAACGCACGUGCAAAACCAGUCGCGGCUGGUGGAUCGUCUGGGUACGAGUCCCGCACACCCACCCGGCACCCGCGCAAUCCUCCGCAUCCUCAUCCGCGGCUCUCUCUGCCGUGACCACCGACGACGACCACCAUCAUCAUCACCAUCACGAUGCCUCCUCUUCUUUCCUUGAGUCUCAACCCCCUCCAGCCCAGGAAGCCUUCCUCGUCCGCCAGGCGAGUGACUACGUUGCCACCACCGCCAGCAACCGGGUCAGCAGCGGCGCUCGCUUCUUCCGGGACUUGGGCGGCGCGUCGUCGGGCCUGACGGGGUCUUCGCGUGCAGCAGACUUGGCGCCAGCGAAACUGGUCGAGGGGUUAGGCAUGGAUGCCCGCCGGUAUCUUGAGAGUCUCCUUAGUUUAAACCGGUGA